AUGGCUGCGAUCGCUCCGCAUUUUCUGUCGCUCAAGUCUAGCGCAAGAUCGUUUCGUCGGUCUGGGAAAUCCCUCCAGCCAGCUCAAAAGAUCGCGCAGGCGUCGCAACAACCGACGCGACGUCGCCUGGCAUUCGCACGGGUCGCAGCGCCGGAACCCGAACCACCCAGAUCCCAAACCGUCGCGCUAAGCUCCACUCCGUCGACCAGCACCGCCGCAGCACCUUUAUCUCCGUCUCCGUCUCCGGCGCUUCGGGAGCCUCCCGUGGAGAAGCGGCUAUUCGAGCACGUGAUCGAGGCGCAGCAGUUCAACCGCGAUCUGCUGUCGGAGAUCUUCGAGGUGGCGGACGAGAUGCAGCUGAUUCUCGAGGCGCGCGGCGGCGCGGGGUGCUCGAACAUGCUGCGCGGGUACCUCAUGGCGACGCUCUUCUACGAGCCGUCGACGCGCACGCGGCUGUCGUUCGGAUCCGCCAUGAAGCGGCUCGGCGGUGAGGUGCUGACCACGGAGAAUGCGCGCGAAUUCUCGUCCGCCGCCAAAGGGGAGAGCCUUGCUGACUCCAUCCGCACGGUGGAGGCGUACGCGGACGUGAUCGUGCUGCGGCACUACGAGGAAGGCGCGGCGAAGCUGGCAUCACAAGUGGCGUCCGUGCCCAUCUCACUGCUGGACAUGUACACGAUUCAGCUUGAGGUGGGGCGGCUGGACAACAUCCGCGUGGGGCUGGUGGGCGACCUGGCCAACGGCAGGACGGCACGCUCCCUGGCCUACCUGCUCGCCAAGUUCCGCAACAAGAAGAUCAUCUUCGUCGCACCGCCCGUCGUCCGCAUGAAGCAGGACGUCAUCAAGGAGUAUCUGACGGCGCGCGGCGUGGAGUGGGAGGAGUCAGCAGACCUGAUGGACGUGGCGGCGCAGUGCGACGUGGUGUACCAGACGCGCAUUCAGAAGGAGCGGUUCAGAGGGCGCAUGGAGGAGUACGAGGCGGCGCGCGGCAAGUACAUUGUGGACCGGCGUGUGAUGAACGCACUGGGGAAGGAUGCCAUUGUCAUGCAUCCGCUGCCCCGGCUUGACGAGUGA